AAAUUAUUCUUUUUGCCGAUGAAAUUGAAUAAACAAUUCUGAUUAAGAAUAAUAUUUUAUAAUUCAAAUUAUUAGUACGACUUUAAUAAUUCUGUUUGAAUUAAAAACAUCGCAUUUGUAAAUUGUGUAUUGUGGCAGUUACUUGAAUAUAUUUUUUUUUUAAUUAGAUUUAAUUGAACAAUUUUAAUUUAAUAAAUAAUGUUGCCGUGGACGAUUUUUUUUAUUUUAUGUUUAAUAACAUUUCUCGCGUUUGUCGUGAAUUUUUACAAUAAACGGGAAUUUUAUCAAAUUGCAUCAAAAAUUCCAGGACCAUUUUCACUUCCUAUUUUAGGAGACGCUUAUCUUUUUCUCGGCAAUACAGAAAAAGUGUAUAAAAAUUUAUUGGCUCUUUCUAAAAAAUUUGGGACAAAUGCUGUUCGACUUUGGUUAGGUAAUCGAUUAAUGAUCUUUUUCUACAAUCCUGAGGAUAUUAAAAAUAUUCUUCAAAAUUCGAAGACUUUUGAGAAAGGUGAUUUAUAUUCUUUGAUGGAGCCAUGGCUUGGAUCAGGUUUAGUUACAGCGAAAGGAGAUGUAUGGAAAGUUCACAGAAAAUUCAUUCAACCGACUUUUAAUCAACGAAUUUUAAAUUCAUUCGUUGACAUUUUCCAUAAACAUUCUUUGAUAUUGACGAAAAAAUUGGAAAAAGAAAUCAAUGGCGAAGAAUUUGAUAUUAAUCAAUACAUUGCAAUUAAUUCACUUGCAAUAAUUCGCGAAAGCGCAAUGGGAAUUGAUGAGAAGGAAGAGGAGAGUGACAGUAAAAAAUAUAGAAAGGCUCUCAAAAAAAUACUCGAAACUAUCAGUCAACGAACCUUUAAAUUCUGGCUUCAAGUGGACAUUAUUUUUAAAAUGACAAAAUUAUCGACACAAUUUCAGGAAAGUGUUAACUACCUGCACAAUUUUACGGAUAAGGUAAUUCGAGCGAAACGGAAAAAAAUUGGCAAUAAUAAUUUUACCGUAGAUGAUGACGAUGAUUCACCAAAGAAUAUGAAACCAUUUCUUGAUUUAUUAAUGACACUAUCGGAGAAAGAGAAAAUAUUCACAGAUUCGGAACUUCGGAAUGAAGUCGACACUAUUAUGUUUGCUGGACAUGAUACGACUUCAUUGACAGCAUCAUUUACAUUACUUAUGUUGGCCUCUCAUCCUGAAAUUCAGGACAAAGUCUACAAAGAGAUUUACAAUGUUUUUGGCUCUCAAAGUCCUGAAGAAGUUCCCUUCAAAUCUGAGCAUGUUCAAUAUUUUCCCUACUUGGAGAAAGUAAUUAAAGAAACUUUACGUCUAUUUCCGGUGGUGCCAUUUUUACAGCGUAAAGUCAGUGAUAAUUUUGAAAUAGGCGAAUAUACAGUUCCAAAAGGUUCUACAGUUGUUGUUCCAGUGCCGAAUAUUCAUCGCGAUGAAAGAAUUUGGCCGGAUCCUUGUAAAUUUAAUCCAGAAAGAUUUUCAUCUGAGGAAAUUGCAAAACGUCAUCCGUACGUUUAUCUUCCAUUUAGCGCAGGACCAAAAAAUUGUAUUGGACAUUGUGAAGAAGGACAAAAUAAAACCAAUUGAGGAUAUUCGAAUAAAAUUGGACGCUGUACUUCGUGCCGUUGAGCCAAUUAGUAUCAGAAUUGAGAAACGCAUCAAGAGUUAAACUAUAAUUUUUAAGUGACUUAACGCCGUUUUUGAUAUUUUCGAUUUUUUUCCAAAAAAGCCGCCGCUUUGAAUCAAUUAGAAAAUUAGUUACAAAAUUGAACAAAU